AUGGCCUGCAAACAAACUCCAACGCGCAUUAUCGCCUGCAAACAAACUCCAACGCGCAUUAUCGCCUGCAAACAAGCUCCAACGCGCAUUAUCGCCUGCAAACAAACUCCAACGCGCAUUAUCGCCUGCAAACAAACUCCAACGCGCAUUAUCGCCUGCAAACAAACUCCAACGCGCAUUAUGGCCUGCAAACAAACUCCAACGCGCAUUAUGGCCUGCAAACAAACUCCAACGCGCAUUAUGGCCUGCAAACAAACUCCAACGCGCAUUAUCGCCUGCAAACAAACUCCAACGCGCUAUGGCCUGCAAACAAACUCCAACGCGGCCUGCAAACAAACUCCAACGCGCAUUAUCGCCUGCAAACAAACUCCAACGUGCAUUAUCGCCUGCAAACAAACUCCAACGUGCAUUAUCGCCUGCAAACAAACUCCAACGCGCAUUAUGGCCUGCAAACAAACUCCAACGCGCAUUAUGGCCUGCAAACAAACUCCAACGCGCAUUAUGGCCUGCAAACAAACUCCAACGCGCAUUAUCGCCUGCAAACAAACUCCAACGCGCUUUAUGGCCUGCAAACAAACUCCAACGCGCAUUAUCGCCUGCAAACAAACUCCAACGCGCUUUAUGGCCUGGUUCUCCAGACUCAGAAGUAGAUUACAAAUUGGUAUUUUUUAG